CUCCUCCUUGUUUCGCUGCCGCUAUCUUGUUUCUUUUCUCAUCUCCGCCUUACUGUUGCCACCGACAACUCUCAACGGCGGCCGACCGAUGCUUUCGAUCUCGUUUGUCUGAUCUCCCUAUUUACCAUCGAUAACUUGUGAGAAACCUAAACCGAUCCAACCGAUACCUCUACCAAAAUGGGAGACUACAACGAUGCCUUUAUGCGAAACAAUAACGCCGCCGUUCAGGCUCGCACUAAGGCGCAAAACCGUGCGAACGUCAUGCAAUUGAAGUUGAUUGGGCAAAGUCAUCCCACUGGCCUCACCUCUAAUCUUUUGAAGCUUUUUGAGCCUCGACCAGCCCUGGAAUACAAACCACCUCCAGAGAAGAGAAAAUGUCCGCCAUAUACAGGAAUGGCACAAUUUGUGGAUAGAUUUAAAGAAGAUGCUGCAUAUCAACCACCUGUCCAAAAGGGUGAAACCCCUGCACAAAGAAGGGCGAGGAUCCACACUAUACGCCUGGAGGAGGGUGCUAAAAAGGCUGCAGAGGAGCUUGAGAAAUAUGAUCCUAAUAAUGAUCCAAAUAUCUCUGGAGAUCCAUACAAGACACUUUUUGUUGCUAGGCUGAAUUAUGAGACAACGGAGAGCAAAAUCAAAAGGGAGUUUGAGGCUUAUGGGCCCAUCAAGCGGGUUCGUCUAGUUACAGAUAAAACAACAAACAAGCCUAGAGGCUAUGCGUUUAUUGAGUAUGUGCAUACACGGGAUAUGAAAGCUGCUUAUAAGCAAGCUGAUGGGAGAAAGAUUGAUAACAGAAGGGUGCUUGUGGAUGUUGAACGUGGUAGAACUGUUCCAAAUUGGAGACCUCGUAGACUUGGUGGUGGACUUGGUACAACUAGGGUUGGAGGGGAAGAUCUGAAUCAAAAUUAUGCUGGCAGAGAACUACAGCAACCUGGAGGACCAUCAAGGUCAGAGGAGCCAAGGAUACGUGACGAUCGCCAUGGAGACCGGGAUAGCGAAAAAUCCCGUGAACGAAGAGAGAGAGAGAGGGAACGGGAGAAAUCUCAUGACAAGCCAAGGGAUCGUGAUCAUAGAGAAGAUAGGCACCACAGAGACCGUGACAGGAACAGAGACAGGGAUAGGGAAAGGGACAGGGGUGGCCGUGAUCGUGACCGAGGACGUGACCGUGAUCGUGGCCGGGAUCGUGGUAGGGACCAUGACCGUGAUCGAGACAGGAACAGAGACCGGGAGCGCGACCGCCCUCGGGAGAAGGACAAGGAUACGGACUAUGAAGUUGCUGGGUACCCCGACCAUGAACGUGGGCGUUCCCGUGAUAGAGAAUAUGAGUAUGAGCGUGUGGAAUCAAAACACGAGAGAGAUCGGCAUGGUGAGAGGGAGAGGAAUUAUGAUCGUGCUGAGGCAGGGGAGGAUCCUGAAUGGUAUGAACAACGUGAUCAGGGGCAUAGGCGUUCAGAAGGUGAACAUGAUGACCAUGGCAAGUAUGAAUACUAUGAACACCACCAAGGUAGGGGACAAUAUGAUAAUCUAGUUUCCCAGGGCGACCAUGGCCGCUAUGAGCUUUCUGAUCGUGAUCCCGGUCGUUAUGACCAAAUGGACGAGUACAACUAUAAGUAUGACCGAGCAACCUCUGAGCAGAAUGAAAGGGAGAAAACUCGAGAUUUGGAACAUGAAUAUGAGCGCGCCGAGAGGUCAGCUUCUCGCGAGUACGAAUACUAGUCAAUCUGUGUUUCACUUGCAAGUUCACAAAACUAUUGCUCGUACUCCAUUUGUGUUUUUGUGGUUUGUAUGAUCUGGUACAAUACACUGGUGGUUUAAUUCUGCACUUAAUUUUAUCUUUUGGCAUCAUCUGAACCCGAAGAUGGGGGUGUGUUUUAAUCGAGUUCAGGCAUGGUGUGUUUUUUCUUUUC